CACACUGAGCUGUCUGCUUUGCUGCAGCUUCACCGAGAUGCCCACCAACAACUUCAUAGAGAGCUCUUUCUGGAACUUCGACUCCCUGUUCCAGCCCCAGCAGCACCCGGCUAGAGACCAGCAUGACACCUUCUUCCUGUCCGACCCGGCGCUUGCUCACGAGUUCCCGCAGGACUACCUGCAGAGAGUGAAGAGGGUCCACUCCGAGGGAGGCUUCGGUUCUCAGGGGUCAGACACCGUCUCAUGUUCAAGGGGGCUAAGAUGUUUGUUUUAUGUAUUUAACUUUACCGGAGUCCCAACAAUUGCUGGAAGAAGUACUGAGACGUACUAAAAUAAAACUAUACUU